AUGAGUUGGAAACAGUGGGUUCUUCCCGAAGAUCGAGAGGAGAUCCGGGAGGAGAAGAAUUACUCCUUGCUUAGUGACAUUUUCAUACAUAGGUAAGUUAGGGAACAUCUACAUAUAAGGUCAAAAAAUGCUUCAUAAUCUUCAAAUUAUUUAUAAGCAAUCCUAAGAAUACUAGUCAAAAAACUACUCUUACAUCUAAAAAAAGGUCUGACGUGAUUUAUUUAGCUCAGUAAAUGAUUAUCGAGCCAUUCGCUUCGUCUACAAUUUCCCCAUUGGCAUCUUCAUUGGCUACGCUCUCCAUUACAUCGCUUGGCAUCGGCUGAAUUUCGGCGACUUUGAUCCGAUCUUCUCACUUUGUUUUCAAUGGUCAAUCAUUAUUGGAUCUGGCGCUGCUUUCGCUUACAGUCCGGUAACAAUCUUGAUUUUUCAUCCACGUAUAUUUAUUUUCAGGUAUUCCGUUGCGCAACCAUUUGUGUUUGCCUUGGAGGUCUUUCAAAGUCUGGCCAAGGAAUUUUGACGUUAUUUGUGAUUGAGCAGUUAAAUCAAGGUCCAAUAUCGAAUAUUCUUAGCAACUUCGAAGCGACUUCACAAAUUGUUGUUUGCCAUUUGGAAUUACAAGGGGAAUUGACGAAACAGAAGCUGACUCUCCUCGCAGGGCCCGCGGAAGUCUUGUUCGAAAAACAUUUCAGUAAUGUCAACAGUAGUUUGCUAAAAAUAAGAAAUACGAUAAAAUUCGUCGUUAUGACGGUAAAUUAUGGACAAAGAGACUGUUUGGGCCGAAAAACUUUUGAGUUUGUCUAAAAUCCAACAGCUACGCAUUUGCUUUUAGAGAAAGCCGAGGAAGUCGGGAAAGAAAUGCUGUACAAAAUCAAAGAUGUUAUCGAUCCGUUUUUUGAUCAAGUCAGUGAAAAGAAUGAUGAAGAUGAUGAACUCCAUUCUAUUAUCAGCGGGGAAAAAGCGAUGGCUGAAAGAGUUCGAAUGCUUGACAAUCCUGGACAAACAGUCGAACCCCCACAUUCAUCAACCUCCAAUCUUGGGAAGAACGGCUCACUGGCAAUGCUGAAUAAGUAUCGGAUGGCCGAGAGAUGCCAAUCCACUUAUGCGUUGGCUGUGAGAAAUUGCAAGGAGAGAUUCAGUGAUGUUCAGGUGAGAAGUUGGUCAUCAUACUCGUUAAUUUUUGCUUGCCAAAAAUUGGGGUUUUUUCUUCGCACUGUGCAGAAAAAAUCCCUUAUGUCACUGUAAAAAAAAGUCUGAAAAAAUAUCAUUGCCAUAAGAAAAGUCGCUUAAGGUGCAAAUACGUGAUAAAUUUUAACUUUAAUCAUACUUCACAUUUAUUUCAGAGCAAAUGUUACGACUCCUUACCCAUCGUUGGACUUCUUGUUUGUUGGCAAUACAACUCGGACAGUUUUUGUAGAGUAAGCAAGUUAAAAAUGGUUAAAUUACGAUUGGUUUUAGCCAGAUACAAUGGAAGAAAUUGCAAUGAAGACGUGCGACAAAUUCCAAAACCAAGAAAGUUCAGAUAUUGAUAUGGACGAGCAAAUGAAGAAGAUGAGAAAUGUCACAGAUCAGAUGGAGGAGGAGCUCAGAGUUAAUGUAAGUAUAUUACAUCAUGUAAUGGAGUACCGUCUUUGCACCAAUUGCAGCUCCACUUCAAAGCCAUCGAAGAACCGAGAACCGAGCGCCUUUUCGCUUUGUCCGAGAUUACCGUUGAUCUCAGAAAUUCCCUGGACAUUAUUAAAGUGACCUCCGAAACAUUACGCGAGCUUUUUUCGGCGUUUAUGAUCUUCCUGGUGUAUUUGAUAUUCAGUGGGGCGGUGGAGAUGAUCAGAAAAUAUCUGGGUGAUAUCGAUUUCCAAAAUCAUUUCUUGACUCAAUACUUCUGGAGGAUCGAUCACAAAAGAAAAGUUCAGGGAGAUGUGUUCUUGGGGAAGAUCAGGAGAAGUGAGAGGAAGAUAUAUAAGCUCCAAAGACCCUUAGGGUAAGAGGCCGUUUUUGAUAAUAAUUCUUUCUGUAAUCAAAAAAUAUGCUGAUUUUCUUUUGGUCUCAGACUACCCUCACUGAUGGAGUUAAAGCAAGCGUGGAAACCUCUCCUUCAAUUUGUUGUAUUGCUCUUUGUGGUCGUUGUGAUUGUGACUUUUGAUCAUGUUUUCUAUAGACUUUUGGUCCUGGUAAGUUUCAAACAUGUCAGUCUAUGGACGAUAUAUCAAAUUAUGUAGAUAAUCGAUUUUAUCGAAUCCGAAGCCGAGCAAACGGGAAGACAUGAGGUGGAGGUGAAGGUGGUUGGAAAUGGAAGUAUUGCAAGUAUUGUCAGAGAUCUGAUCGAAUUCAAUUACACCGGCACUCAGCAUCGGGAAGUCAACAACAAAGUUUGUUUGGUUCAACCCCGCAAAUCGGAUGAAAUGGAGCAAUUUCUGAGGCUCUUUUUUCCAUUAUUGGUCAUGUUCUUCCUCCAAAUUUUGCUGAAUUAUGUCGUGAAGAGACUGACCUUGUUCUAUGUGCUUGGAUACAUCUUUAGGGAACGCAGCAAGAAGAGGAUUAUCUAUCUUUACAAUAAAGUCAUCACUCAGCGAUUUAAUGAUCAGAGAUUGGCCAAGGCGAGAUUGAAAUAUUUGGUCAAGAACGAGAUUUAUACUCCCACCAAGAAUGAAAAGUAAGUAGAUUGUGUUAAAUGACAUUCUAAAUACUUUCAGACCAUUCUGCCCACUGUUGAAACCACUUUAUAAAUUGAAAAAAGUUCGAUGCGAGCUAUGCCAAGGGAAGUUUUGGCGGAAUAAAAUGGAAAACUGCGAAGAUUGUGAGACUUAUUAUUGUCUGGACUGCCUGGAAUCUCUCAAGUGGAAAUGCCUGGUCUGUAAGACACGGAGAAAAUGCCGAAUAGAAGCUUGA